AUGGCGCUUGGCCGUUAUGCGAUUGUUGCAGCGGCUUCCGCGAGUGCUGGCGUUUAUGUUGGGACCGAGAAGGACCAGAUCAAGGCUGCUUAUGCGAAAGUCAGAGGGAUGCUCGGCUUUCGGCCUCAAAGCGUGGAUCUCACAAGUUCUACCGCCAUCCUGGAGGAAGCCCUGAACUUGACGAAAGCAACGCCGCAGAGCUGCGGAGUGCUGUCCACGAUUCAGUCAGGCGGCGUCGCCUCGCGAGUUAUCCAGCUGCGGGAGCCCUUCGGUGUGCACCGAGAUGGUGACGAUGUGUUCAUCCACUUCUUCACCUCGGCUGCAAGCCGCAAGUUUCGGGAACUGUCGCAGAAUCCAAAGACAGCCCUUUUGUGUUGGGAUCCGCAAACUUUGACAUAUGUGACAUUCCAAGGGCCGGCGCGAGAGCUCUCGGCAGCUGAAGGCAAAAGCUUCUGGCGAGAAUGGAUGCAAAUCUUGUACAAGGACACGAGUUUGUUUUCUGCCUGGAGACUGGAUGUCCAGCGCCUGCAGGUGGUGAGCAUUGGGCACAUUGAGAGCUUCCGGAAGGAUUGGCAUCCCGUGGAGCUCGAGCGCACGAGCUCUGGGUGGAAGGUCGUUUGUGAUGGACGAGAGUGA